CAGUGUAUUUUUUUUUGUUGUUUGCCAAACAAAAGAAGAAGUCGGCGUAGGGGACAGGAGCGGCGAUAAUUGUUCUAUUAAAUGCAAUUUAUGUCUGGCCGGUCUGCAGAAAACUCCGAAUCGUCAACUCUUUGAGUCAUCUUGGGGCCCUUGGGAGUCAAAGGUGCCCGGGAAUCGUACUCCGAACCCGAACCGCUCCAUCGGGAAUUAUAAACUUUGUACCUUUCUCUGGGAAUUUACUCCGCCAGGCAACUUUGCAAUGAACAAGGUGGGCAAGCACAUCCAAACCGGCAUCUCAGGACUGGGCAGCGACGGAUCGCCUAACUUGUCCGCGUCGGCCCUUUUGGGAUCCCCGCUGGAGGCGGCCAAUGGAUCGGGAUCGGGAUCGGCUGCCACCACAAAUGUGUUCAGCUCCAUCAUGAGCUUCCUGCCAGACAACCGGCCCAUCACCUCGCUGCACAUCGUUGAGGAUUUCGAGCGAUGCCCGAAAAACUUUAGUGCCAUAAACCGCACCUAUGACCAGGACUCGGAUGCGGACCUGUGGCGCGACUACAGUCUGUUUGGGCGCCAGAACACACGCUAUCUCUGCCUGUCCAAGUCCGAGGGCCUGCCCGAAUACGUCGUGGAGACACUACAAGUCAUUGCGGAUAAGACGGCGCCGCCUAAGGAGUUCUCGCAGGUCUCCCGCACCGCCGAUAGCGACCAGAAAGCAUGGCGCAAGCGGCAGAUAAUCUACAAGCUGUCCAAGCGCGGCACUGUGACCCAGGCGGUCACCGACAUCAUUCUCUGCUCCAAGCUGAAGGCGGCCCCCGAUGGCUUCAAGCUGGCCGGCGACAUCAACGGGGUGCUCAUCUGCUACAAGACGAGUGCGAUUCCCGUGCGCCUGUCGCCACCGGUGCCGGGUGGAGCAGUUCCGGCUCUAGCCACCUGCGAGGUGGAGCAGGCCCUUAACCGCCUUAACCUCCAGGGGCAGCGCAACUCACGCGGACCACUGCCUCAGCCACCGACUGAACACCAUGACUAUGAGGAAAUUCAGGCAAACUAUCAAAUCAACUCUCCACAGCGACCGGCGCCUCCACGUCCAGCGGGAGGGGGUUCCGGCGGAGGACGCGGUACCUACGGCGGCACCGGCACCCUGGGCACCUACACCGAGCUGGAGGGAGUGCCGUUCGCAAUGGACGUCAGGCUACAGCGCAGUCAAGCUGCAUCUGAUAUACCCACACUGCCAGAAAUCUCCACGUUGCUUAAGUCCCUGGACUAUGACUUUCAAUUGGAACGUCAGAUCUUAUGCACCAUGAAGUCAUCGGCAUCGAAGAACCCGUUCUUCAAGUAGAUCGCAAUAGCACGAGGAAACGUCGCAAAUUGAGCGUUAAGCAAUAUAUACAACAAAGCAACAGUACCGGAAGCGAGUGGAAUUUAUACUUAGUUUAGCGUAAGCUUCAUCAGAUCUGAUGCGCAUGUGGCCGCUGCCAUGGUUAACCCAAUAGUUGUUUAGUUGGAUUCAGUUCUAAGGACCCUGGCCCGUUAGAGUAAAAUAUGUGUAAUAUUCCUGUGCCUUUGAUGUGUAUCUACUUUUCGUGGCCGCUUGAGGAGCAGUCACGCACCUUAGUUUUGUAACACCCCUCAUUGGAAACCAACCGAAGCAGAAUCCUACCUAUUUACAUCAUAGAAAUCAUUCAUAUACAUGCAUCGAUUAGCCCCGAAUUGUGAUCAGAAGAGCCAGCGAAAUGUUUUUCAAUUAUUUUAGAAGCGCUACAUCAGAUGGCUUUACGUGUACGCAACACACACUUAUGUAGAUUUCGAUCGGCCCGCGCAUAAGAUAUAUAGUACACCUACCACAUAUGUCUAUUGAUGUAAUGUUAAUGUUGAAAGAAAUUUAGAAAGGCGAUUGCUAAUAUCGAACCUAACUUUAACCUAGAACAUACAAGCAUAUAUCUGAUAUAUAUUAUACGUUUAUAGGCCACUUAGCACUUAAAACCAGUUGGUUUUUAAAUAUAUAUAUUACAUAUUA